AAACAAAACUUACCAGAUUAUCAUUCCAAAAACCAUGAUGUCCCGUGCAGCUUUCCGCUCCUACAGCUCCGCCGCUGCACCUUUGAAGGUGGCCGCCAGAGAUGCCCCAGGAAACUUGACCACUCUCUCAGUGAUUGUUAACAACGCUGGUUCCAAGGCUGGGAAAUCAGGUGUAGCACACUUGUUAUCCAAGUUCAACUUCAUGAAUACCGAAUCCAAAUCAGCCUUAAGAUUCACCAGAGAAAGCGAAUUGUUGGGUGGUGUGGUGUCUACCGAUGUCACCAGAGAUGCCAUUGUUUUGAAAACUCAAUUUUUGAAGGAAGACUUACCUUACUAUGUGGAAGCCUUGGGUAACGUUCUUACCAAAACCUCGUUUAGACCCCACGAGCUCCCAGAAACUGUCUUGCCUGCUGCCUUGAACGAGUACGAAAACGCCCAUGCCUCCAACGCCUUUGUGGCCUCCGAAGCUUUACACGAAAUCUCCUUCAGAAGAGGUUACGGCCAUCCUUUAUACUACGACGGUACCAAAACCUACACCAGCGAAGAUGUGGCCCAGUUUGCUUCCGAAGUGUACACAGCCGGAAACGUGUCGAUUGUGGCCUCGGGAGCCGUUGAAGCUGACUUGGUCAAAUUCAUAGGUGAAUCGGCCUUCAGUGAAUUACCUACCGGAUCCACCUCCGCUGUCGCCGUCAAGGCUUACACUGGCAAAGAAGCCAGAGUGAGAGUCUCUGGCCAGUCAUUGGCGGUGAUUGGAGUGCCAAUCAAACCAGCUGAAUUUGCCAAGUAUGACAUUUUGUCUGCCACCAUUGGCUCUGCCUACUUACCAGCCACCAACACUCCACUUUUCCAGAUCCCUGGUGCUUCUUCGCAAGUGUACAAAUACCAGGACGCCGGUUUGUUCGUGGUGUCGGUUGCCGGCUCGGACUCUGCUGUGGUUGCUGAAGGCAUUAAAAAGGUCAAGGCAGUGGUGGACUCCAUCACUGCGUCCGACUUAUCCAAAUCCGUCAAGGCCGCCAAGUUGGCAGUAGCCUUGGAGUCCACUUUGGAAUCGCCUUUGGAAUACGCCAUUGAUGCCUCUGCUGCCAAGGGUGGUAAGUUGAGUUCGUUCAACUAUGUUGCCGUUGGUGAUGUAGAUGUGUUACCAUUUGCUGAUGAAUUGUAAGUGGACUGCCUGUCGUAAAUAAUGCAUUAAUUUAUUAUUCCCUAUAUAUACCGGGGUACCUGGUUGUUAGUCUGAAAAAACAAACUAAUAUAAAUAACAUUCUGUAC